AUGGUAGCCCAACCUCAGGACGGCCUCGAAUUCUGGCAAUUCAUGGUCGCGGGCUCGCUAGCCGGGUCAGCAGAGCACAUGGCCAUGUUCCCAAUCGACACUCUCAAAACCCGCAUGCAAGUCGCCGCCGCUAACUCUUCCUCCCGAGCUCAACCACCGACAACACUCGCACAGUCCAUCAUGAGGCUCCGAGGCCCAUUAAGCUUGUACCGCGGUAUUGCUGCAAUGGGCCUUGGUGCCGGCCCGGCCCACGCCGUCCACUUCUCCGUGUACGAGUCCGCCAAAAAGAUUCUUUCGAGAGGUGACCCGAAUAGCUCCGUGGCCCACGCGGCCUCGGGGGUUGUGGCCACCGUCUCGAGUGAUGCGGUGCUUACGCCGAUGGACGUGGUGAAGCAGAGGCUGCAGCUCGAGGGAAGCCCGUAUAAAGGCGUGUGGGAUUGUGUGGGGAGGGUAUUUCGGGAAGAAGGUAUUCGGGCUUUCUACGCGAGCUAUAAAACGACGGUUUUGAUGAACGCGCCUUUCAUGGCCGUUCACUUUGCGACCUACGAGGUUGCGAAGAGAGGGUUGAUGAUGAUGGGCCCGCCAGCGGCCUCGUCGGAAAAAGACGACGAGGAGGGGGAGGAGACUUUGUUGGUGCACGCGACGGCUGGAGCGGCUGCAGGCGGGUUGGCGGCUGUUGUCACGACUCCGCUUGACGUCGUCAAGACUCAACUGCAGUGUCAGGGUGUUUGUGGGUGUGAUCGAUUGUCGAGUAGCUCGUCGAUUGUGGAUGUGAUUGGGACGAUAAAGAAGAGAGAUGGGUACAGUGGGGUGAUGCGCGGAUGGGCUCCGAGGAUGUUGUUUCACGCACCGGCUGCUGCUAUCAUCUGGUCUACUUAUGAAGGAGUCAAGAGUUUUUUCCAAAGGCUUCAUUAA